AUGGCUGCUCCUACUACCGCCCCUACUACAACAAUGGAGACCUCCCGUAUCUUCGUCAGGGGGCUUCCACCCAAGAUUACUGAGGCCGACUUCCGACAUCACUUUUCGGCUGGAGGUCGUGAGGUGACGGAUGUGAAGGUUAUUCCCCAAAGAAGGAUUGGUUAUGUCGGGUACAAGACACCAGAGGUUGCUGCCAAGGCAGUCAAGUACUUCAACAGAUCCUUUAUCCGCAUGUCGAGGAUCAAUGUCGAGCUCGCAAGGCCGGUAUGUCGCGACUCUGCUAAGAAAAGAAACGAGUUUCAUAUGCUUAUGCUUAUACCCCUAUUCCAGAUCACUGAUCCCACCCUCCAACACGCAAAGGGUGUUGCUGGGCAGGUGUUUGUGGCAACACCAUCAGGCUCAGCCACUCAAGCGCUACCAAGUAUCGAGGAGAAGGAUGCAAAGAAGAAGCGCAAGCGGGAGGACUUGGAUGAGUCAGAUCCCAAACUGCGCGAAUUUUUGCAAGUCAUGGGCCCUAGCAAGAAUGCUGCAAAUGAGAUGUCAGAUGUCAUGGACCCUGUUGCUGUCAAAGAGCAGAAGAAGUUGCUCCAAGACGGCGAGAGUGACGAUGAGUAUGAGGCUAUCCCGUCUCGGCCUGAGAAACGGCAGAUGAGGGAGACACCAAAGGGAGAGCAGCGUUCGGCGCCCACGCCAGAAAAGGAUGAGGCGAUGUCUGACGCUGCUCCUGUUCCUGGGUCCACGGAAAAUGUGUUCCAGGAGCAGGCUCCCGCUGCUCCCACCGACGCGGCCACGACGGACGAUGAUUGGCUUCGUUCGAGGACGAACCGUUUGUUGGAUCUAGUGGAUGACGACGAGGUGCUCCAACCUCCAGUUCAACAGAACAGUGGAGAGACAGCCGGAAGUGUAUCCAUGGAACAACAAAAGCAGCCCGCAAAGGCUCCGGAGCUACCCAAGGGCGAGACCAAGGGUGGGGCUGCCGUAGAGGACGCCCCAGGUCCUUCUGAGAAGGUCGAGGAGAACGACACUUUUGCCACCAUCAAGCGGAACGCUAGACUGUUUGUGCGAAACCUGCCCUUCGGUGCCAACGAAGAGGACCUGCGGACGCACUUUGGACAGUACGGAGAACUCCAAGAGGUACAUUUGCCAGUUACUGCUGGAGGCGCAAGCAAGGGCUUCGCCAUGGUACAGUUCACGAGUGGAGAGUCAGCUGUUGUUGCAUUCCAGUCGACGGAUGGUCAGACCUUCCAAGGGCGACUUUUGCACGUCUUGCCUGCUGAGGGAAAGCGUGAUGCCGGGCUGGACGAGUUCGCAAUCUCAAAGCUGCCCUUGAAAAAGCAGAACCUGAUCCGCAAGAAGGCGGAGGCUGCCUCUAGCACGUUCAACUGGAAUUCUCUCUACAUGAACCAAGACGCAGUCAACGCCUCCGUGGCGAGCCGCUUGGGUGUGUCUAAAUCGGAACUUUUGGACCCCACGUCGGCGGAUGCUGGCGUCAAACAGGCCAUCGCCGAGACGUCGAUCAUCCAGGAGACUAAGGCAUACUUUGUGUCGAACGGUGUGGAUCUCGAUGCCUUCAAGUCACAAAAGCGGGGCGACACGACCAUUCUAGUCAAGAAUUUCCCGUUCGGGACCACGAUGGAGGAGCUGAGAACCAUGUUUGAGGAGCACGGCACCGUCCUGAGAGUAUUGAUGCCACCCAGUGGUACCAUUGCCAUUGUCGAGUUCGCUCAGCCAGCACAUGCAAAGGCGGCGUUCGCCAAGCUCGCAUACAGACGUAUCAAGGACACUGUACUGUUUCUCGAAAAGGGCCCUAAGGAUCUUUUCAAGAAUGAUGCCUCCGUAGACAUGACGCAGGGCAAGGAGGAUCGGCCCACCGGUGUCCAGAAGCUCAGUGUCACGGAGCUUUUGGGACGGGAUGAGCAGGGUGAGACUGACAUUGAGACUACGUCCUUGUUUGUCAGAAACCUCAACUUCUCCACGACCACGGAAAAGUUGGCAGAGACAUUUACACCGUUGGACGGCUUCGUCUCCGCCAGAGUGAAGACUAAGAUGGACCCCAAGAAGCCCGGACAAGUACUGAGUAUGGGCUUCGGCUUCGUCAUCUUCAAGACCAAGGAACAGGCACAGGCGGCUCUCAAGGCCAUGGAUGGGUUCGUGCUCGAAGGUCACACCCUUGCCGUUAAAGCUUCGCACAAGGGCCAGGAUGCCGCAGAAGAACGUCGGCGGGAGGACAAGGCCCGCAAGACAGCGGGGCAACGGACGAAAAUUGUUAUCAAAAACUUGCCCUUCGAAGCGACUAAGAAGGACAUCCGCACCCUUUUCGGCACUUACGGCCAGCUUAGGGCGGUGCGCCUGCCCAAGAAAUUUGGCAAUUCGACAAGAGGUUUCGCUUUCGCCGAGUUUGUCACCCCUCGGGAGGCGGAGAACGCGCUCAACGCGUUGCGAGACACCCAUUUGCUGGGCCGCAGGCUGGUUCUCGACUACGCAGAGGCCGAGGCCGUCGACGCGGAGGAGGAGAUUGCCAAGAUGCAGCGCAAGAUUGGUGGACAAGUUAACAAGGUCGCCAUCUCGCAACUCAUGGGCCAGAACAGGAAGAGAGUCAACAUUGGAGGCGACAACGCCGACGAGAUGGAUAUGUGA